UCGCUCAAAUCACUAUGUUUGUAGGAAAGUGGUUUCCCUAGGAAUACUAAUCAUUCUAUUCUUACUGGCAUUUAGAUACUCUGAGAGAAAGAGAAAGAAUUUUAUCUUAUUCUGGAGCUAGUUUGUGCCAAAUACUUCGGAAAAGUCUGUGAACAUACUUUUGAUAGUUACUGCUCUAGCUCCUGCUGCUACUGUAACGAACGAUCAAUUGUAUGUUUUCCUGGAAGAUUAUCUGACAGAUAGCUAGUUUAUUUGUGUACACUUAUGCUUUUGUUUCCAGAGGAUACACAAACUGGAAACUAAUUAGUUCCUCUUCUGGAAGAGUGGAUCUAUUUGAAGAGUACAUGGUGAAAUACACAUUAUUUUUUUUUAAAUAUUGGACAGUGAUAUAAAUAACAGAACAAGUGAUAAUAUCUUUGAAAAUAAAAACAAACAAACAUAAAGUGGAUAUCACUGAGGAAACCUGCAUUUAGAUUGGAUCUAUUUAUAGCAUUUACAGUUGCGAACAUAACUGCAGUGAUAACAUAAACUUAAACAGUGACCAUUCUAAACUCGGAGAUAUUCCAGAGUUCAAAGAGGAAGAGGAGAAGUAAAGUCUAAUAAAAUUGAUUCAGACACAUGAGAUCAUUUGAACACGUUCACUUACCAUUAUUUGUCUGAUGAACACCAGAGUAAUAUGCCUGUUGCAAAAAAAUUGGAUACAAUAAACAAUAAAUUGGAACGUACUUUGAAGUCAGACAAGUUAAUGAGAAAUACCGUAGUAUAAAACCUCUUCGCUGUCAGGUGUGACCUUGACCUUACACCUAGGGACCUGGUUCUUGCGCAUGACUCUCCGUCUCAUACUGGUGAACAUUCAUGCCGAGUUACAUCAAAAUUCCACCAUGCAUGAAGAAGAAAUGCUCCGGACAAACUUCAAUUUGACCUUUGACCUCCAACUGUGACCUUGACCUGGGGUUUGCGCAUGACACUCCUUCUUACUGAGGUUGUACUGAAAGAACACCAUUGGAGACAAAAGGACGAAAUGAUUAGCAGACAAUAAGCACCUUUUACCGGAAGCCAUAUCUUAAACAAUCCGUCAGAUAUUUUAUUCGAACAGUAUCUAAGAAUAUAUUUAAAAAGAUCAAACGGUUAUGAUGUAAGUUAACAUCAGACUACAACACUGUACCGUUUGGAGAGAAGUCUUAUGUGAUAGACAGUGGAUAUUCGCUAUAAAACUUCGCUAACACGACGGUCACAUUACUCAUUUACUUUCGCUUUGGAGCAAUUAUGUGAGGCAAAGUUUCCGCGACGUUUUUUGGAAUGAAUAAAUGUCUACAAGUAGGUUAAGCUACAGUGAUACUAGAAAGGUAUUAUUUGAUAUCAAAACUAGGAAGUGCUCGAACUUUAAAUAUUAGUCUGAAAAACACGAGAACUGAAUGCUUUGCGUGUGUUUUACGAGGAAAAAGGGUUUUGCCUUUCCGUAAUAUUAUGCAAGUUGAAGAAUUGUGUUAUAGCUGUAACAGAGAGGAAACGUACAAAAGGAUAAGCUAGUUUCAGAACUGAUAUGUGAAAUUAUACAUUUGAUAAAAUGGAGUUUUCAUCCGAUUACAGCAACGCUACAGACACAGGCAAUGUGUCGGUGGUGUACAGUUACCCAAAUAGCAGUAUUACGUCAUCUGAUCACAGUGUCAAAGAUGACGGUAUUAACUGUACUGUUUUGAUGGCGGAUAAGUCCAGUCCCCCACCUAUUUACGAGCCUGCUGCGCGAUAUACUAUUUCUGGAAUUCUGUUCAUAUUCCCAUGCUUAACAAUGAUAGGAAAUGGGAUGGUGAUCGUUGCUGUGUUGACACAUAAACGAUUAAAAACUGUAACUAAUGCAUUUGUUGUCUCCCUUGCUGUUGCCGAUAUCAUGGUUGCCAUUUUGGUGAUGCCGUUUGGUAUAUACCAGCAGUUCAACAACAAAACUUGGAACCUGGGAAGAAAUUGGUGUUUAAUUACAACGAGUUUUGAUGUAAUGUUUACGACAACGUCGAUAUUCAAUUUAUCUUGCUUGGCUAUUGACAGAUACCUCGCCAUUUGCAGACCAUUUAUACAUGAGCGAUUAACCCGUCCUAAAGUGAUUUUAAUGCUUUCGUUUUGUUGGAUUGUGCCUAUAUUCAUUUCGUUUGUGCCUAUACAUUUAAAUUGGAAUCACAUAGGGAUUGAGGAUUACAUAGAAUGCGCAUUCCCAGAAGAUGAUCCAACCCACUGCGCAUUUGUUGUAAACAAAGAAUUCGCGACAGUUUGUUCCAUGAUAGCCUUUUACAUUCCAACAGUUUUCAUAGUAAUAUGCAAUGUUCAUAUAUUCAGGACAGCUAGAAAACAAGCGCAUCAAAUUCGUAGCCUCGAAUUAUCUGCACAUAAACACCACAGAAAAGGUAAAUUAAAACACGAGACAAAAGCGGCUAAAACUGUUGGUAUCAUCAUGGGUUGUUUCUUCAUUUGCUGGUUCCCCUUUUUUGGACUAAAUAUCAUUGAUCCUUUCAUUGGAUACAAAGUACCAUAUCCUUUGUGGACAGUUGCGUUGUGGCUGGGGUACAUAAAUUCAAUGUUAAAUCCAUUUCUUUAUUAUAAUUUCAACAGACACUACAAGAUGGCUUUCCGUCGUCUUCUCACGUGCAAAGUGUGUCGUGGUAUCAGUGAAUUUGAAGCAGAUAUGGUUCCCAGCACACUUUAUACGGACUUAUCUCAUUCUGCGUCAGCAAAUUCCCACUCUUGCCUCCAUAACGGAUCCGGGAGACAUUCUAUACCUCAGUCUCACAUAAACAACAAUGUUGAUUUGUGACAUCAGAUCAAACUUAACUGUUUCCAUGGUUAAACAUUACGAUCAACUUUACGUCCAGAAUACAAAUUUUUGACUUAAUACAGAAAUUCUAAGUGAUAUUAUUGUCAUAGAGCAAUGCCAUUUGAACGUCGUUUACAUAACACCGUUACCUGCAAAAAAGUGUUGCGUAACGGAUGUUCAUAGCAUGUAGUAUGUUUUCACGUGACAUGUAAUGCAGAUGCAUAAUAUGCUUCUACACGGAAAUUUAUUUUACAUAGCAAGAUUUCAUAAGGAAAAUUGUCGUUUGAUUAAAUGUACGUUUCAAUGAAACUAUUGGUUGUUACAAUAUUUUGUAUCUAUUUUCGUAUUGAGUGUCAUAACUAGGUUAUCUGUGAUAUAUUGUGCCAUAUAUAGAGCUAUCAUUACUUUACAUGUUCAGCCCACUGAGUUACAACUUGAUCCAGAAAUCAGUUUUCAACAAUGACAAUGAAUUGAAUAUCAGUUUGUAAGAUUGAAAAUUGACCUACAGGUCAGUUGAUUAUAUUCGAAUUGAAGCUUGGGCUCAGCUUGUAACGUUAAAAAUGAAUUGUCUCAAGAGACUGGCUUAAAAUGUAGAAACUUGCCCAGUGGAAAUAGUUCGCUACAAGCUGUGGAUGCAAGUUAACUAUGACACGGGUAGUUACAAUGCAAUCUAAAUCCCAUUUGUAAAAGUUAGAAUAUCCUUAAUUGCCGAACCCCAGCGCCACUGUAAUCUUUUUUGGCCAUUGCCGUGAUCAUUUGCAUGUAAAUCAUGGCAGAUUCUCCAAUACUUGAAAAUUACAUGGCUCAGUCUCGGACCUGCACCGUGUGGAUCAGGUCAGAUCUGUUUUUACAACUGUAAUGCUGUUAAAAUAUAAUUCUUGCUAGCUAUUAGUUAGCCUACCGUAACGUCUGGACCCUAGGCGUCUUAGCAAAAAUUCUUAAACAGAUUAAUUGAUUAACUAUUUCCAGUACUUGCAAGUGAUUUUUUUAUUUUAACUAAUAAGCUAUAUAGAGAAAUUUUCUACCCAAACGGUGUGAACAUACUGUUGCAUGUUCCACAGAAUCGUUUUUUAUACAAAGUGGUAGCUCGCAUUAACAACAGUCUUACCCUCCGCUAAAUCAUAAAGGAGAAUAUGAUAUGAUUCAAAUUUUUUUAUUGUAUGACUUAUUCAACAUUUGGAUAAUUUAUGGAGACGGAGAACUACCUUCAUAGAAAUAACAGAUUUUACAUUCCAAGUUUGGAAAUUUGAAAAGGGAAAUUAUGGGCAAAUAUUUUCAUUAUCUGUAUGUACUUAUCGUAGUAACAUAAAAUUAGACACUGAUUUCAGCAGAUAUGGUAGCAAAAGUUAUUAUAUAAUAAAGCUUUAUGUGUUAAUUUAAAUUUGUUAUGUUUUUCUUAAACAUGGUUAUGCAGAAACUGAUAUUUUGUAAUGUACUUUUAUAAGGUAUUUCAUGUCACUUGAAGUGAAGAAGACAUCUAGAAAAAGAA